AUGUACGUAUUCGCAGCACGUCCAACAUGCAGUCAGCAGCGGCCGAGCUGUGGCUCGCAGUUCCUAUUUUGCGAUCUCAGAAAUGGCCCGGCUCACUGCGUCUCAAAAAUUAAAUUCGGCGGUCGAUGCGAUCGGUUCGACGGCGAAGAUGCAUGUUAUCUCGGAGUGUGUAGCGGCGGAUUUUGCAGGCCCGGCGCUUUCCGAUCGGUAAGUGACAAAUGCUCGUGCAAGCAUCCAAAUCAUCAUAGUCUACAGAAGAACUGA